AUGGUACACUGGGACGAUCCAAAGGUCAUCGCCCUUCAAGCCCAGGGAUUUCAAAGGCUUGUGCACUUUCUUUGUGGCGUCUUCUGUUACAACUUCGGCCAAUCGUUACCCUAUGAUUGGAGCAUAUACACGCGCCAGAGACCGUGGAGGUGGACAACGAGCUUAUACCUCUUGGUUCGGUGGUCAAGCCUAGCGCUAGUCCUGUGCUUUCUUGUAGGAAUCAACUUGAACGACGUAGUCAGGAUCGACUGCAAGCGCUGGAUAACUAUAACCUUUGCAUUUGGCUAUACCACGGUCAUUGGCGUCACUUCUCUGCUGGCUGUAAGAAUCACUAUGGAGAUAUCGCAUUUGGGCGGUCAUACCGCUGGCUGCAGUGUGGCUCACGCAAACUAUCUUUGCUUGCUUUGGCAAGUAUUCGUGUCCUUCCCCGAUGUCUUCUUAGCUAAUGGCAGGAAUAUAGGUAUCAUCACGGCGAAACGAGAUGCUUUCUACGAGCCAUCAUAUGGUUCAUGCAUGCUGCGUCACACGGACAAUAACCGAAUCAACCUUCUCGUGAUUGCAGUCACGCAUUUUACUCUACUGUUCGGGUUGAUGGCCGGCGUACGGAACACUAAGAACCCAGGAAAACUCUGGGAGCUGGUUUGGCAGCAGGGCAUCAUAUGCACUGCUAUUCCCGCCUUUACCAUGAUUCCUUUAGUCAUCCUGACUUUCCUCAACCUGAACGAUGUGAUGAACCUGAUGUUCCUCCCUGCGAGCAUGAUAUGCCUUGCCAUAGGCUCGACCAGAGUCUACCGAGGACUGUCAGAGUUCUGUCUCCCUCUCCACGACUCUGUCCAAACCAUUACCAGAAUCCAGUUCGCGCCCCCGAGUAAAGUCCGGUCGAUGUCUGCUUCUACUGUUCGGCCUCCUUUGCCAACGCUCGACACGUCUGUCGUUCGGAUGAACGUUCUGCAUUCGGAACGCUCGUUGAGCUGCAAAGGUUCUACUCUUGUUGACGAGGACACGAUUGGAGAAGGCAAAUCUCCAGUCGACCCGUUCGCAAAGGACACUUGGGAUUCGCCCACCUCGCCGUCCUCGCCGACCCAUUGA